GCUUGGCAGCCCAAAUACUGUUUACCCAAUUUUCUAUGAACCACUGCGCCUAAUUUGAAGACACGAGAGAAGAGCCGGCUGGUAAUCUGAAGACAACGAAGAGUGACCGAGUGAGCUCAUUUUUUCGCGCAUUCUCGCACGCUUAUCUUUUUCUUCUUUCGGCUUGGCGCUCUCUGCUGUCCCCAAUUCUCACAGUUGGAGGGCAGAAUGGAUGCGAAUAUGAAGCAAUUUCAAGAAAGUUUAGUUGCGCUUGAGACUGAUGCAGAGCAUCUCUUUUUAGCCCGAAACCAGCUUGUUGAAACUGAUAAGCUAAGGAAUGGAAAUAGAGAAGCACUUACAUCUUUAAGGAAGAGGGCUCGAACUACAAAGACCAGUGUUCCAUCCCCCUUUGAGUCAGUAAUGAGGGAGAUUGGAGCAUCUGGAUCGAGACCUUUGGUAAAGGAAGUAUGCACCACCUGUGGCAGCCAUGACUCCACUGAACGCACAUGGAUGAUGUUCCCGGGAACUGAUGUCUUUGCAAGGAUUCCGUUUCAUGCUACUCAUUCCAUCUUAGAGACAGAUCAAGAACAUCUUGACUUUGAAGCCAAGAAACUCCAUAGCUAUGUGAAGGAUAAAUCUUUAAUGAUAUCAGAAAAAGGUGCACUUGCGGACAAGAUCAGUCCAGAGGUGCUAAAGUCUCUUGUAACUCUGACAGGCAAGAGAAAGUAAGUUACGAUUUUCUUGUAAUUUCAGUGUCAUUUCCAACCAAAGGGAAAGCAAUUAACAUGCAGGCACUUAUAUUUUCUUAAGUUUGUGUCUAUAUUCAACGCAUGGCCAAUUACUUUAGGACACUUUUGGCACUCCGUAUAAGCCUCCUGUAUUGUAUUAAAUUAUAAUAAUACUAAUUUUGGAGGAAAUUUUAUAUUGUAUAAAUUAUUACAAUACUAAAUUUUGAUACAAUACAUGAUGUAUUAUGGAUGGAAUACUUAAAAAUAAACUCUAUAAUGCUGUACUGUAUUAUUUUA